AUGGGCCAGCUCGGUGACCUGUCGCCUGAGGCCGGCAUCGCUGUUGGCAUCGUCGUCGGCCUCCUCUCCACCUCCAUCCAGAGCUUGGGUCUUACCCUGCAGCGCAAGUCGCAUCUGGUCGAAGAUGCCAAAGACAAUGAGGAAGAGCGUCGGCCAGCCUACAAGAGACGUAAAUGGCAGAUAGGCAUGCUCAUGUUCGUCGUCUCCAACGUUGUCGGUAGCACGAUACAGAUCACCACGCUGCCGCUCCCAGUGCUGUCGACGUUGCAGGCAUCAGGCCUGGUCUUUAACACCGCAUUUGCGACUCUGCUGCUGGGCGAGCCGUUCACACGGUUCUCCAUCAUCGGCACAGUUCUCACAUGUGGCGGCGCUGCAUUGAUUGCAUCCUUCGGAGCGAUUGGCGAGCCGGCGCAUAGUCUGGAUCAGCUGCUAGACCUGCUCCGCGGCAAGGGUUUCAUCAUCUGGAUGGUCGGAACUCUGGUGGUGGCGCUGGGAACCAUAGUUUUCUCCCACAUCCUCAAAGUCUGGUCGUCGCACAGGCACAUCGAACACCACUACCUCAAAUCCGAACGUCCCCGAUCAUCGUCGAUAUCUUCCUUGAGCCCGGGAAACAUCAAGAGAUCAUUCACACAAUCGCUGCCGAAGCAGCUACAACUUAGAGUCGGUCGGCUUCGUCUGCUCAGAGGCCUUUCUUACGGCUUGGUAUCUGGCAUUCUGUCCGCCCACUCUCUCCUUGUCGCGAAGUCAGCCGUCGAGCUCCUAGUGCGGACGAUUGUCGACCGAAACAACCAGUUCAACCAGUUUCAGUCAUGGCUGAUAUUGGUCGCAUUGCUCUUCUUCGCCCUAACACAACUAUACUACCUACACCUUGGCCUACGACUCUGCAGUACCAGCGUAUUAUACCCGUUUGUUUUCUGCAUAUACAAUAUUAUCGCAAUCCUAGACGGUCUGAUAUAUUUCCGUCAGGCUUCACGGCUGAGUGCUCUGCACGGCGGGCUUGUUGCGCUCGGUACUGUCGUCCUACUAGCCGGCGUGUUCGCAUUGUCAUGGCGUCUGGACGAUACGACGCCUGAAGAAGAGCCAUCUUCUGCUGUCCCGACCACGCCUCUCGCGCCGGGAAUGGGCAUCAUGCCCACCUCCGAAGACGAAUCGCGAGAAUCACUGCUCUCACGCCCCCGAUCUCGAGGAUCUACGAAUGCGUCGCAAACAAGUCUGAAUGAGCAAACACCACUACUCUCCGCGAACCGCCGACGGAGCCGCACUCCUACGCUUACUGUGCAGCCUCCGCCAGACAUCGAGGCAUCCGCAAGAGACAUCUGGGCCGAGCUCGACGACGAUCAGGAUAAUUCAGACUUUCUCGCCAGUCUACCUGGGGCAUCGCCAUUCUUGUCACACAAAGCUCUCCAACGUCGGCGGAAGCGUGGCGACUCAGCCAGCUCGUUAGCGAUUUCGAGCACUUCCGACAGCGCAGAGCCCGCCUGGAGAAGAGCAAGUGGUGGAUCAGCAGGAGGUGACAAGACUCCAGCGACGCCAGAAAGGAGUCCUACCGGAAUCAGGAGGAUCAGCGCCGAGCAGCCUCGGCGUAAUCGCAGCUCCAGCGUGCGCUUUGCAGAGAGCCAGCAUGAUCGGAGUAGGUACGAUGCGAAAGGGAAGAACGGGGAUGUGGGAGAGAACGGCUGA